CCCUUCUUUCCCGGGUCCUGAAGCCCUCACUAGGUCGACUGUAGGAGAAGCAGGAAGCAGCAAACCUUGGACAGUGCUACCUGGAGAGGUUGGAGCCAGGUGGACAUGACAGGCAGUGUGACUUGGGUUCUAGGCCUAGCCUGGGCCAUGAGCCUGCUGGGGACCAGAGGGCUCUUAGGGCUGGCUGGAAAUGAUGGUGGUGCUGUUAGCCCUAAAUACCUGGGCUUGGGGCAAGCCAAUGAAGAGUCUGAGUUCAAUGGGGCACCACGUUGGUGUAGACUCCAUUCUACUGGCUCCCCCAUAAUGACAGGCAUCUGCCUCAUUUGGGAUCGCUGUGGGGGCCUGAGCCCCAGGUGUGAUUCCUUCCUAAGAAGCCUCUCCUAUUUCCUCCACUGCUCACCAAUUGUAGGCAACUGGACCCAUCUAGAGAGACAUGGGAAUAUCCAGGCCCUGCCAAUCUGUGCUGCCUUCUGUGACCAGUGGUUUUCAGCCUGCAGAGAUGAUCUGACCUGUGGUCGGAAUUGGCUGUCCCAACCAGAAGGAGGGAGCUGUGAGGGUGGCUGUCUUACCUUCGACCAGACCUUUCUGGACGCCAGAGACCUGUGCGGUUCUGCGCUGGGAGACUACCUGGUUGCUGCGCCUGCUCCCUGUCCCUGCCUUCAACUCUCCAUCUCUGACCCGCAGCCGCCUGGCCCAGAGACCCCAUUCGGCAUCGCCUGCCCAGCCUGGCCACUGCCCCGACCUCGAGGGCGGCAGGGCAACCGGCUCAGACGUGCGCUGCUGCUCCUCCCGCCUGGAGGACCCGGCAGCGGCAGCGGCAGCGGCAGUGGCAGCGGCCCCUAG